GGUGCAGCUCUAGCGACAGCGACAACGAAGUAAUUUUUGUGCUUUUGUGCCCGCCGCGCCACUGAAGCAGUUUUAUUCUAUUAUUUUUUUUUCGUUCAACUUUUGUGUGAUUUUCUGCGCAUUUAUAGCCAAUAACAAACAGCGAUAGUAUUUUGGCGUUUGUGAGUGUAUGUUGCGUUGUACAUAAAACUAAAACGAAAGAAAAACUCCACGCAAACACUUUGUGCCGGUGUCAGCCAAAAUUGCAGUCURAACAAUUAGCAAAACACGAAAGCAACAACAACAACACAGACGUCCCCAACAAUUUCCAUUAACAACAACGGGGUGAGGAUAGACAAGCAGCAAAAUGUCGCCCAAAUCGCUAAAUGUGCGCGUCACAACAAUGGACGCUGAACUGGAGUUUGCCAUUCAGUCGACAACGACCGGUAAACAACUGUUCGAUCAGGUGGUCAAGACGAUUGGAUUGCGUGAGGUUUGGUUCUUUGGUCUGCAGUACACCGACUCAAAGGGUGACUCCACAUGGAUUAAGCUAUACAAAAAGCCAGAAUCGCCGGCCAUAAAGACCAUUAAAUAUUUGAAACGUGUUAAGAAAUAUGUGGACAAAAAGACCGCUGAUAGCAAUGGACACAAUCAGACGGACGAGAGCGAGGAAGAUGAUGAUGCCGACGAUAUGACUGGAUCAAUGCCGUUCUCAACAUGGGUCAUGAAUCAGGAUGUGAAAAAGGAGAAUCCGUUGCAAUUCAGAUUCCGUGCCAAAUUCUAUCCGGAGGAUGUGGCCGAGGAGCUCAUACAGGACAUCACACUGCGCCUGUUCUAUCUGCAAGUGAAGAAUGCCAUAUUGACCGAUGAGAUCUACUGCCCGCCGGAGACGUCGGUGCUGCUGGCCUCCUAUGCGGUGCAGGCGCGCCAUGGCGAUCACAAUAAGACCACUCACACAGCCGGUUUCCUAGCGAACGAUCGCCUGUUGCCACAGCGCGUCAUCGAUCAGCACAAGAUGUCCAAGGACGAAUGGGAGCAGUCGAUAAUGACCUGGUGGCAGGAGCAUCGCAGCAUGCUGCGCGAGGAUGCCAUGAUGGAGUAUCUGAAGAUUGCCCAGGAUCUGGAAAUGUAUGGCGUCAACUAUUUCGAGAUACGCAACAAGAAGGGCACCGACCUCUGGUUGGGCGUCGAUGCGCUCGGCCUGAACAUUUACGAGCAGGACGAUCGACUAACGCCCAAAAUCGGCUUCCCCUGGUCCGAGAUCCGUAACAUUUCGUUCUCUGAGAAGAAGUUCAUCAUCAAGCCCAUUGACAAGAAGGCGCCGGACUUUAUGUUCUUUGCGCCGCGCGUUCGCAUCAACAAGCGCAUCCUGGCCCUCUGCAUGGGCAACCAUGAGCUCUACAUGCGUCGUCGCAAGCCCGACACGAUCGAUGUGCAGCAAAUGAAGGCCCAGGCGCGCGAAGAGAAGAAUGCCAAACAGCAGGAGCGUGAGAAGCUGCAGCUGGCGCUGGCAGCACGUGAGCGUGCCGAGAAGAAGCAGCAGGAGUAUGAGGAUCGACUCAAGCAAAUGCAAGAGGAGAUGGAGCGCUCGCAGCGUGAUCUGCUUGAGGCACAGGAGAUGAUACGACGAUUGGAGGAGCAGCUGAAGCAGCUGCAGGCCGCCAAGGAUGAGCUGGAGCUGCGCCAGAAGGAGCUGCAAUCGAUGCUGCAGCGCUUGGAGGAGGCCAAGAACAUGGAGGCCGUCGAGAAGGCCAAGCUGGAGGAGGAGAUCAUGGCCAAGCAACAGGAGGUGCAACGCAUUCAGGACGAAGUCAAUGCCAAGGACGAAGAGACCAAGCGCCUGCAAGACGAGGUCGAGGAGGCACGCCGCAAGCAGGCCGAAGCUGCUGCUGCGCUGUUGGCGGCAUCCACCACGCCGCAACACCAUCACGUGGCCGAGGAUGAGAACGAGAACGAGGAGGAGCUGACGAAUGGCGAUGCCGGCGGCGAUGUGUCGCGCGACCUGGACACAGACGAGCAUAUCAAGGAUCCCAUCGAGGACAGACGCACGCUGGCCGAGCGCAACGAGCGCUUGCACGAUCAGCUUAAGGCCCUGAAGCAAGACCUGGCGCAGUCACGCGACGAAACGAAAGAGACGGCCAACGAUAAGAUUCAUCGCGAAAAUGUGCGCCAGGGACGCGACAAGUACAAGACGUUGCGCGAGAUCCGCAAGGGCAACACAAAGCGUCGCGUCGAUCAGUUUGAGAACAUGUAAAGCGCUCGCCACGCCCCACACAUGGAACUAUCUAUAUCCUAUAUCCCAAGCCAAUCUAACCACCAUGAAAUUCGACGCAGCGCGCCAUUUACCACUCCCCAAUAGCCAACUACCAAUUCAAUUGAUAUAUGGAUGCAGGCCAACUGGCCGAGCAUUUUUGCAGCUUUUGUUUAAAUCUUUUUUUUUUUUUUUAAUUGACCUUUUGUAUAGAUGAAGAAGUGGAGGACGGGAAAUAAAAUGUGUGUAUUUAUGGAGAGUAUUAGUUAAAAGAAAAUAAAUGAAAAUGGUUUUGACAUUCAAGUGUUGAACGAUAAUCACACAAUCAAUCAAUCUAACGGAAUCCUGACUUCCAUUAUUCACUUAGUAUAUCAAUAUUUUCAAUUGGUCGUAAAUGCCCCGCCCCACACGCCCCUCACCAACAACAUAUUUUCUUUGCGCGCAUCAAAAUGAGAGAAACAACAAACUAUACUAGCUACAACAACAACAAA